UGAAAGAAAAUAAGGCCGAAUCAGAUACUAAGAAGAAGAAUAAGAAAAACUUUGGGAAAGCCCAAUUUCGGAACUCCUCUAAAGGGUAUGAAAAUACUCCAGAGUCCCGGGCUGCUCGUGAUCAAUAUUCGGACAACGUCAGGACAGGUUACCAUGCUGUUUAUUCUGCUGGAGCGGCCACCAUAUAUGAAGAACUGAAAGGAAAGGGGAUCAUUCCAGACCCGAGGCCUGUGAGAACUCCUGAAGAUAAGUUGGACAAAACUCGCUACUAUGCGUACCACAAGUCUCCAGGGCAUAAUACCGACGAGUGUCUCGGUCUUUUAUCGGCACUCUUGCGUUUAAUCGGACAACCCCAACUUCAAAAGUUUCGAAAUUUUGAUAACCGCCGGAAAGGAAGACCUUUGGAUCUUUCAGACGACGAAGAUGAAGAUAACCGACCUGCUAACCAGAAGAGAGCUCGUGUAAACGAUAAGGAAGUUUUUACGUUCUCCACACAUGUCGGGACUUCGACCGACAACCACAGGAAACCUAUGAUGCGUGGUCCCGCAGAUUUGUCACGUUGUAUACCUCGAGUUAAUUCCAAUAAUAAACAGUCAGAUACGUCUCGACGCAAAGUCAAAGCUUAUGCUCGGGAGGCCCAGAAUGCCGAGAAACGGAUCAUGAAUGUUGAUCUCCGAGAUACCAUCAACAAACGGAAUUGCCCUAUCACGUUCAGUAUUGAAGACGCCAAUUUGUUCGCUCAUCCCCAUUCCGAUGCUCUUAUCAUAACUGCACCGAUUGGGGGAAUUCCUGUUCAUCGAAUCCUGGUCGACACAGGAGCGUAUUCAAGUAUUUUAAUGCUCCGUACUUUCAAGAAACUGGGUUUGGACCCAGCAGACAUUAGACCGUGUAACGAUCAGAUUCAAGGUUUCAAUGGAAGCAUUUCUUGCCCUGUUGGCGAAAUAUUGCUCCCCAUCCGAUUUGGAGGUUUUGGACCGAAGUCCAAGAUUAUUAUGGAAACUUUCAAAGUCUUGGAUGUCCAAAAUGAAUAUAAUGCUUUCAAAGAUGGAAGUCAUCAUGUCCGAGCGAAACCUGUUGAAGAUAUUGAGAUCAUUUACGUGGACGGGUUAGAACAACAGAAAUCGUUGCAUAUUGGGGCCAACCUGCAGGAUCCCCUUCGGUCAAAUUUGAUUCAAUUCCUCCAGUCAAACACUGAUGUGUUCGCAUGGAAGCAUGAAGACAUGAAAGGGAUCGACCCACAGAAGGCAUGCCAUCGUCUCAAUUUGGACAAGACUGUCAAACCGGUUAUUCAGAAACGUCGGAAAUUCGGCCCAGAUCGUCAGAAGGCCCUUGAAGAAGAAGUAAAUAAGCUCAUCGAUAAUAAAUUUGUUAAAGAAGCCAAGUACCCGACGUGGAUAUCGAACCCUGUUCUAGUUAAAAAAGCAACCGGCCUUUGGCGUCUUUGUAUAGAUUUCUCUGACUUGAAUCAAACGUGCCCAAAAGAUAGCUAUCUCAUUCCACACAUCGAUUAUAUGGUAGACGCUACGUCGGGACACCAACUUAUGAGUUUUUUGGAUGCCUAUUCAGGCUACAAUCAGAUUCCCAUGCACCCUGAUGAUGCUGAACAUACCUCCUUCUAUUCAGCUCGAGGCCUUUAUUGUUAUGUUAUGAUGACUUUCAGGUUGAAGAAUGCAGGGGCCACAUAUCAAAGAUUGGUCAACAAAAUGUUUGCUCGCUUAAUUGGCCAUACCAUGGAAGUCUAUGUAGACGACAUGUUAGUGAAGUCGGAACAGGCCCUUGACCAUAUUGCUCAUCUUUCCGAGGUCUUCGAUAUACUCCGAGAAUAUUCCAUGGUGCUCAACCCCAAGAAGUGUACUUUUGGAGUUGGAUCAGGAAAGUUUCUAGGAUACAUGGUGAGUCAAAGAGGGAUCGAAGCCAAUCCCACCAAGAUUCAAGCCAUACUUGACCUAGCCCCUCCGACAUCUAUCAAAGGCGUCCAAGCCUUAACUGGUCGACUGGCAACCCUUAAUCGGUUCAUUUCGAAAUCUACGGAUCAUUGUAAACCGUUCUUCGACGCUAUCAAAAAGAAGAAGCCGUUUGAAUGGACCUUGGAAUGCCAGAAUGCUUUUGAUAACAUUAAACAAGUCCUCCUGCAGUUGCCGACGUUACAAAAGCCACUUCCUGACGAGCCUCUCUACCUGUAUCUUUGUGUAAGUAACGUUGCUGUUAGUGCUGUCCUUAUACGUCAAGACGGGCUUCAGCAGUUUCCAGUGUAUUAUGUUAGCAAGGCUUUACACGACGCUGAAUUACGAUAUCCGCAUAUGGAGAAGCUAGCCUAUGCCUUGGUCAUUGCUGCACGGAAGUUACGCCCAUAUUUUUUGGAGCAUUCGAUCGUAGUAUUCACAACAUACCCUCUCCGACAAAUUCUUCACCGACCUGAUACGUCGGGAAGAAUGAUUAAAUGGGCGAUAGAGUUGGGACAGUUUGAUAUCCAGUAUCGGCCGCGAACCGCUAUCAAGGCCCAAGUACUGUCCGAUUUCAUUGCUGAAUUUACUCCCACUGUCGAAUCAUCCAUUGAAGACCCGACGUGGACUCUCUACAUUGACGGAUCGUCCACCGCUAUGCGAGCUGGGGGGGGAAUUGUCUUGGUUAGUCCCGAUCAGCAAGUGUUUU